AAUGGACAGAGCGCAGUAGCAGAGAAGACGAGAGGAGGAAAUGAGGAAAUGGGGUAGUCCAGCAGCGAAUCUGCUGCUGUAGUUCGCGAAUUCGUGUCUCCGGCGGCGAAUGCGCGUCUCCAGCCACGGGUCUGACGUUGCAGCACGCGAAAACGCCUCAGCAGAGGCGAAACCGCGCUUACAGCGGUGGAUCUGCCACUGUAGCGCGCGGAUCUGAGUCUCCAGCGGCGAAUUCGUGUAUGCAGUGGCGGAUCUGCCGCUGCAGCGCUCGGAAACGCCUCAUGAGAGGCGAACCUGCUGCUUAGCGCGCGGAUCCGCGUCCCCACAGGCGGAUCCGCGUCCCCAGAGGCGAAUUUGCGUCUCUAGCGGUGAACAUACCAUUGCAGAGCGUGGAAACGCCUCAGCAGAGAGGAAACCACGGAAACAGCGGCGGAUCUGCCGCUACAGCGCCCGGACCCGCGUCGACACCGGUGAAAGCGCGUCAGCAGCGGCGAAUGCGCGUCAGCAGCGGCGAAUGUGGGUCAGCAGCGGCGAAUGCGCCUCAGCAGCGGCGAAUGCGCCUCAGCAGCGGCGAAUGCGCCUCAACAGCGGCGAAUGCGCCUCAGCAACGGCGAACGCGCAACAGCAGCGGCGAACGCGCGUCAGCAGUGGCGAAAGAAGAGGAGAGGAGAGGGGAGGAGCGAAGAGGGGAGGAGCGAAGAGGAGAGGAGCGAGGAGGAGAGGAGCGGAGAGGGGAGGAGCGAAGAGGGGAGGAGCGAAGAGGAGAGGAGAGAAGAGGAGAGGAGCGGAGAGGGGAGGAAGGAGAGGAGGGAAUAGGAGAGGAGCGAAGAGGGGAGGAGCGACGAGGGGAGGAGCGAAGAGGGGAGGAGCGAAGAGGAGAGGAGCAAGGAGGAGAGGAGUGGAGAGGGGAGGAGCAAAGAGGAGAGGAGCGAAGAGGGGAGGAGUUAAGAGGGGAGGAGCGAAGAGGAGAGGAGCGAGGAAGAGAGGAGCGGAGACGGGAGGAGCGAAGAGGUGAGGAGUGGAGAGGGGAGGAGUGAAGAGGGUGUUGUAGUGUAUUAUUAUAUACAACAUGCAUGACUAGAAUAAGAGGUGUAGACAUUUAUGUUAUUGGGGGGUCGUUGGUUGGGAUCACCAACCACAAAUUUGUUUGGUCAAGAUUGGAUUUGGCCUUGGUCCUUUGGUUGGCACUUUCCAACCGAAUGGUCUCAAGGCUCCACCAAUCAGCAACCACCACACUUUGGUGUUGCUUCCCCUCCAAGCUACCUCUCCCAUUGGCCACUCUUGUAGCCAAUAGGAGUGCCUUCGUUUCCAACCAUUCCUUGCUCCUUGGUUGUACUUCAGAGCCUCUUGGCUCCCUUUCUAGU